GGGCAAGAUUUCCAGAUGCGCUCAUACGGGGCAAAACUAAUGGCUCCCUCAAAGAGUAUAUCAUAGGCAGAUUUGGCUGUAUAUUCCCCUGAAGCAGAAAGCCUCCAAAUGUGUUUAUCAGGAAUCCCUUCCUGCAGAACAAGUCCCUCUAAAGUAUCCCAUAAAACAAGGUAUUCCGUUAGAGCCUGUGCGGGGAUUUCCCCCCGAAUGUCUUCUAUCCAUUUGUUCUCACUGAUAGCAUUCAGCACGGUGCGCCUGUUUGCUCUUCUUUUAGAUACUAGAGCAUACAGAUUAGGUGCCAGGCUCUGGACACUUUUACCAGAUAACCAUUUGUCCUUCCAAAAUAGAGUAUUAGCCCCAUCACCAAUUUCAGUAAUAGUGGCCAGUGAGAGAAGAUCCUGAACCUCCUUAGUUGUGUGGAGAGGCAAGGUUGCCCAUGGUUUACUGGGUUCAGAUUUCUUGAGCCAUGGCCAUCUUACUCUUAAAGCCACUCCUAGCGCUUUCAGAUCAGAAAUCCCAAGCCCUCCAAGCUCCUUGACCCGACAAACUUUAGGCCAAGCAAUGAGGCAAUGUCCACCUUUUGCAUCCUUGCGUCCCCUCCAAAGAAAACCUCAUCUAAUUUUAUCAAUGGCCUUGAUUGCCCAUGGGGGUAGGUCGACAGCCAUGGCUAGAUAGAUCAUCAUGGCUGUUAGGACAUGUUGUACUUGCACAGCCCUGCCAGCCCUUGUCAUCAAAUCAGCCUUCCAUCCCGGCAAUUGGUCCGCAAUCCUAUCAAUUAUUGGCUGAAAUUGAUCCUUUGUUAGCUUCCUAAGAGACAGCGGAAGACCCAAAUAUUUGCAAGGAAAAUUCAUAAUUUCACAAGACAAUAGGCUCUGAAUCACUUGCAAAUCAGCCUCUGUGCAUUGGAUGGGCAUCACAUUACUCAUCUGAAUGUUAGUCCUUAGCCCCGAAGCAUCUCCGAACAGCUGCAGCAUGUCAAGUGUCAAGGAGAUGUCUUCGGCAGUCGGUCUGAGAAAGAGGGCUACAUCAUCAGCGUAGAGGGAAAUCCUAUGCGGAAUCGGCCUUCUAGAUAGGGGCUGAAACAACCCUUCCUCAGAGGCCCUCGUUACCAUCCAAUUUUAGAACAUCCAUAACUAGAAUAAAGAGCAUCGGGGAGAGGGGGUCCCCUUGGCGAAGACCUCUAGAAUCUAUGCUGGAUAACAUUACCUGGUGUACCAUUGAGGAGAACCUGGGUUGAGGAAGAAGCCAGAAGACCACAUAGCAGAUCCCGCCAUCUCAAACCAAAACCCAAAUUUUCAAGAAUCUGCAGGAGGAAAGACCAGGAGACCGAGUCGAAAGCCUUUGUAAUGUCUAAUUUGAGUAGGAUUCUGGGCUGCUUUUGGGGAUGCAGAAAUCUCACAGUUUGUUGUACCAACAUAAAGUUAUCCUGUAUGAACCGCUUCUUGAUAAAAGCACUUUGGUUAGGGGAAACCAUUUGAUCAAGGUGGCCUGCCAAUCUGUUGGCGAGCAGUUUAGUUACUAACUUCGCAAAGCUGUGAACUAAGCUAAUGGGUCUGAAGUCUUUCACCUGAUCAGCCUCCGCCUUUUUUGGAAUCAGGGUAAUAUAUGCUGAGUUUAACAUCCAGAGAUUUCUGAAAUCUUUUCUCCAAAAAGCAUUCAGGGCAGCCAUAAUAUCCUCUUUGAUCACUGUCCAACAAGACUUGUAGAAUUUUCCAGUAAAACCAUCCGGACCCGGAGCUUUGUCUGAAGGUAGGCUUUUUAUAGUGUACCAAAUCUCAUCUUCAGUGAAAGGACUGUCCAAAGCCUCCAAAUCAAAAGAGGGGAUGUCCAGGCUGUCCAAAUUAAUUGUUCUAACCCGGUCACUCUCUUUGCCAAUCAAGUUGGAGUAAAAAUAAAAAAUAGCAGCGGCCUUCUCAUCAUGAGAGGAGAGAGGUCAAAGCCAAGGCAUGCAUCUUGAGAUUGUUACGCAGCCACAGCUCAUUAGAUUGCAGGGCUCUAUGGUCCUGAGCAAUAUCAAACUGGUGAAUGAUUUCUUUAGCGAGGGCUGGAGCCAAAAAAAGAUUGGCCCUACUGACUAGCUGAAGAGCGAUUCAAGUCAAAAUGGAGUCCUGCCGAUCACAGCUGACAAGUCGCAGAAGGCUUCAUCUACCAGUGUUAGUACUGACACAAGUGGAUCCAGAGCUGGCCUGUUUAGAACACCCAUACAGGUGGUGUGCAGAGUGCACGUUCGCUCAUGGUCUGCCUCCGCCAGCUUUGGCUGUUCACAAUUUGAUGGAACAGGAAUGGGCACAUAAGAGAUAUGUAGCAAAACAUCAGCAGUGGGGAAAUUUUUACUAUUACAGGAUGCACGACCUAAGUGACAUAUACUUCAUUGGGGGCUUUGGAACUGUUGCAUGGAUAGAUGUUAAGGAGUACGAAACUGUUCAACCUGAUAAGACAGCAGUUGAUGGUGGUGACUUGCAAAGUUUGAAGGUAACCAACCAUACCAGAUCAGUGAUACCUUGUUUAUAUGGUAUAAUGAUCGCAACAGGAGUUGAAUGCUAUAUUUCUCUAAACCACUUCGAGAGGUCAGAAGGGGAGGUCGAUGCUGCUGCUCUUAUAUCAGUAGAUAGCGAAGGGAUAGAUAUACGUGUUCGACAGGGUGCACAGUUCAAUAUUCAGAGGCUAGCAUUUGAUGUCCCUCAAAAGGUUGAGACUUUGGAGGAAAGCCAAGAAAGCACUCCACAAGAUAAUAAUGAAAGACAAGCAGCAAAUAAUGUGAGGAAGGUUGCAGAAGCUGGGCUUUAUGCAUUUUUCUAAUGGUGUAAGAUUUCAUUGCAACCGGACCAAGGAGCGAGGAUAACGUAAUGUAGCAGGUAGCACGAACAAGUGAAAACGAUGUCUGUCUUUUAAUAAUGAGCAUCGCUCUCCACCUGUCUCGUGUUGCCGUGUAUUAAUAAUGAUGGGUACCUGGUAACCUGGGUAUCAGCAUAGAUUUUUUACCGUGAAGAAAAUUGCACGCCUUGAUUGUGAUGAUAGUUUGAUUGUAUCAUUA